AUGAGAUCCAACUUUGGCAUAAGUGGUAAUGAAUUACUCUGGUUUGAAUCAUACCUAACGAAUAGGGAACAACAAUGCGUAGCUAAUGGGAUACUGUCCUCCGUUGGAAAAUUAAAAUGUGGGGUCCCCCAGGGGUCGAUCCUGGGGCCGUUGUUAUUUUUGCUCUACAUCAAUGACCUACCACAAUGUCUCCAAAAAACCACGCCGGGUCUUUAUGCUGAUGACACGGAAAUUUACGCGUCAUCACAUAAUGUAAAUGAUCUUAUUGACAACAUAAAUUAUGACCUAAAUAUUGUUACGCAAUGGAUGGAGAAUAAUAAGCUACAAAUUCAUCCUAAGAAAUCUAAAU